AUGGAUGUCGACGACUCGGAAGCCGCCAGCCCUGAGGAGCCGCUUCCCCUUCCCUUCGCUCCAUCCAGCACUGCAGACAUGCGCAACUUUGAAGUCGAGGCCGGCACGUACAGGACGCCAGCUGCCCAAAUGGUGCCGGUGCACUGGACGGCAGUGGCGGGGGAAAUGGCGCCCGGCGCUGGCCAGACACCAGGCAGCGCCCACGACGCCCAGUGCCAGCCGGCCACUCCCAUUUACCUAAUUUCCAAUUUCCACAGGAAUUGGAAUUUUACAAGGAGGCCUAAGCAGAAGCAAAAGCAGAAGGAAAUCGCGGGGCGCAAGCGCGGGGAAGAGGCGCCCCUGUGGCUCCUCCCGAGGCCCAACAAGAGGCUGAAGCUUGAUCCUGACGCACCGAGGGGGAUUGGGACGACACAGGCGCAACUGUGCGAGUAUCUUUUUGCGCGUGUCGAGCUUCGUGGAGUGGAGGAAGUCGAGGGGGCUGGAACUGCGAGGGAGCCCCCAGACGUGAACCACGAAGAGCCCAAUCAAGAGACUCGGGCGAGCGACGAGGGACCCUCUGAGCCUCCAGCGCAAAUCCAAGGCGAGGGUCCGAAGGAAGAGAUCCCCUUCACACAGGAUGCCAUUGAACGUGUCGGUGAGCGCUCAUCACGGCUUGCCCUCGCCCGCAAGCAGCGCACACCUUGA